UAGUACAAGAUGAUUCCAAUAUAUGCCAUGGGAGGAGACUAGACAGGUCCAUUUUAACUGUCAAAUAAAACAACAGAGGUGAUAUUUCCAACUUGUGUAUGUACUUAAAACACAGCUGAGGAUAAAGACAAAAACUCCCUCAGUCUUCCUGCUGCACCAUUUCAGCAGAGAGGCCCUCACUCACCUCAUCUCUGACCAAAUUCCAAAGCUCCUUCCUUUAUUUCAAAAUCAACCCAUCUUCAUGUUUUUCUCUCUCUUUUUAAUGGUGUCAAAAUCUUGAAAAAAACUAGUAGUACCAAAACUUUGUUUUCUUGUUUUUUUUCCUUAUGUUUGUAAAAAGUUUGCAUUUUUAGCAGUUCUUGGAUUGUGGGGUUUUGAAAAUACUCUGUAUUCCCAAGUUCUUGUUUUUUUUCUUCUUAUGUUGGUGAAAAGUUUGCAUUUUUAGCAGUUCUUUGUUUGUGGGGUUUUGAAAAAACUCUGUAUUCCCAAGUUCUUGUUUGUUCUUUUACUUAUGUUGGUGAAAAGUUUGCAUUUUUAGCAGUUCUUUGUUUGUGGGGUUUUGAAAAAACUCUGUAUUCCGAAGUUCUUGUUUUUUUUUUCUUUUUCUUAUGUUGGUGAAAAGUUUGCAUUUUUAGCAGUUCUUGGUUUGUGAGGUUGUGAAAAAGAUGGCAGAAGAAGAGGGUUGGGGGUGGCCACCAUCACCAACUGGUUCACCAAUGUACUUAACAAAAGAUGAUCAUUGGACUCAUUUUGACAACUCUGUUAAUGCUGUUUCUUUUGGUUUUGUUGCCACUGCUAUUCUCAUCUCUAUGUUCCUUAUCAUGGCUAUAUUUGAGAGGUUCCUCAGACCACCUUCUCCGCCGGAAUUGACUCCCUCCGGUGGACACCGCCGUCAUGCUGACAUUGAGUCUCAGUUAGGGUUCAACCCCAAACUUGUCUAUCCUACACCCAAAGUAUCUACAAAUGCCAGAGAAGUUUCAGUCUUGAUGCCAGGAAAUGACAUUCCAACUUUUAUUGCUAAUCCUGCUCCUGUACCUUGUCAACCGGAACGCAAUCCAUGGCCUUCCCAUCAACAGAAUCCUUCCAACUCAAACGUGUCGUCCUAGCUCUUCUUAACUUGAUGAUGCAAACAUCGGAAAUGACAGUUUUAUGGAAUUAUGAAGGGUAACCUGAGCAUUUUGAGUUUCCCAGUUGGGAUUUUGGGUUAUGUACAUAGAAUUUUCUCAGCUGGUUAGCUCUUUUUUGUACCCCUUUCUUCAGUAAAGAAAUGUAGCUAAAGAGGUGUUAGCUUGUCUUUGUUGUCAAUAUGGUCCAUUCUCCAGCAUUGAAUUGUUCAAAAUUGGGAAGGCAAUUAUUGUCCUUUUACAUAUAA